CGGAAGUCACUUUGGGAAACUGAUCAGCCGGGAGCCGGUUCCCAGCCGGGCGGUCUUCUGUACUGGCGUCUCUUGAGGGGAUGUUCCAGGGUCGGUCUCCUGCUGGGUGCUGCCGCAACCUCCCAGGGUAGCGGCGCUGGGACGUCGCCGCUCUGCACCCCCACCUCGGGGUAGGAUCCUGGGACAGCAGAACAGAUGCAUCGUUUGGCAGUUGAUUGGACCCUGCACUUGAAAGAGGUCCAGGGAUGAUAUAUUCUGGGGCUGUAUUUCUCCACCCUGGAACUCAUCCAGUCUGUUCAGAAACAUUGACUGUCCUGCUUAUGUGACACACCUUCAGUAAAGGUCUGAUGGACAGACACUUUCUGUUGACUUGCAGCUAUUUUCUUUCAUGUGGAAUUGGGAAGACAAGGUGAAAGUGGACAAAGUUAUCUGCUCUGGCGAAUAGGUGUGCUCCGCUGGCUUAUCAGAACAUGGGCCCUCGUUUAAAGUUCCAGCUGUGAUCCUUGGCUGUCUGUGGGCGUUGAAGGGACCUGAUGUUUUACGUUAUUGGUGGAAUCACAGUGUCUGUGGUAGCAUUCUUCUUCACAAUUAAGUUCCUCUUUGAGCUUGCCGCACGUGUAGUCAGCUUCCUCCAGAAUGAGGACCGUGAGCGCCGAGGGGACCGGACCAUUUAUGACUACGUGCGGGGAAAUUACCUGGAUCCCCGGUCUUGCAAAGUGUCCUGGGAUUGGAAGGACCCCUAUGAGGUGGGCCACAGCAUGGCCUUCCGAGUGCAUUUAUUCUACAAGAAUGGGCAGCCUUUCCCUGCGCACCGGCCUGUGGGACUGCGAGUUCACAUUUCUCAUGUGGAGCUAGCAGUGGAAAUUCCAGUGACGCAGGAAGUCCUCCAGGAACCCAGUUUCAAUGUGGUCAAGGUGGCCUUCACUGUACGCAGGGCUGGACGUUAUGAAAUCUCAGUGAAACUUGGUGGAUUAAACGUGGCCUAUAGUCCCUACUACAAGAUUUUUCAGCCUGGAAUGGUGGUUCCUUCCAAGACUAAAAUAGUAUGCCAUUUUUCUACUCUUGUGUUAACCUGUGGGCAGCCACACACCCUUCAAAUAGUACCUCGAGAUGAGUAUGACAACCCCACCAACAAUUCCGCAUCCUUGAGAGAUGAACUCAAUUACAGUUUGUCCAUUCAUGAGCUUGGUCCUCAAGAAGAAGAGAGCACUGGAGUCUCCUUUGAGAAGUCAGUGACAUCCAACAGACAGACUUGCCAGGUGUUCUUGCGGCUCACCCUGCAUUCUCGCGGCUGCUUCCAUGCCUGCAUUUCAUACCAAAGUCAGCCAAUCAAUAAUGGCGAAUUUGACAUUAUUGUUCUGAGUGAGAAUGAGAAGAAUAUUGUCGAACGCAAUGUGUCCACCUCAGGAGUGAGUAUUUACUUUGAGGCUUAUCUUUAUAAUGCUACCAACUGUACCAGCACACCAUGGCACCUCCCGCCCAUGCACAUGAGCUCUUCCCAGCGCCGGCCUUCCACUGCUGUUGAGGAGGAAGAUGAAGAUUCACCCUCAGAGUGUCAUACCCCCGAGAAGGUGAAGAAACCAAAGAAGGUGUACUGUUAUGUGUCACCAAAGCAAUUCUCAGUAAAGGAGUUCUACCUGAAAAUCAUUCCCUGGCGCCUUUACACCUUCCGAGUGUGCCCAGGAACAAAAUUUUCAUACCUUGGCCCUGACCCUGUCCAUAAGCUCCUCACGCUGGUGGUAGAUGAUGGCAUUCAGCCUCCUGUGGAGCUCAGCUGUAAGGAGAGGAACAUUCUUGCAGCCACUUUCAUCCGCUCCCUUCAUAAGAACAUAGGAGGCUCUGAGACCUUUCAGGACAAGGUGAACUUUUUCCAACGAGAGCUUCGACAGGUACAUAUGAAAAGACCACAUUCCAAAGUCACCCUGAAGGUCAGCAGGCACGCCUUGUUGGAGUCAUCUCUGAAAGCCACCCGUAAUUUCUCCAUCUCAGAUUGGAGCAAGAACUUUGAGGUGGUUUUCCAAGAUGAAGAAGCUCUGGACUGGGGAGGACCUCGCCGGGAAUGGUUUGAGCUCAUCUGCAAAGCACUGUUUGAUACCACCAAUCAGCUCUUCACACGAUUCAGUGACAACAACCAAGCGUUAGUGCAUCCCAACCCUAAUCGCCCCGCUCAUCUUCGCUUAAAGAUAUAUGAGUUUGCUGGGAGACUGGUGGGCAAGUGUCUCUAUGAGUCCUCUCUAGGAGGGGCCUACAAACAGUUGGUCCGAGCUCGGUUCACCCGUUCUUUCUUGGCCCAAAUCAUAGGAUUACGUAUGCAUUACAAGUACUUUGAAACAGAUGACCCAGAAUUCUACAAAUCUAAAGUUUGUUUCAUCCUCAACAAUGACAUGAGUGAGAUGGAGCUGGUCUUUGCAGAAGAGAAAUAUAACAAAUCAGGCCAAUUGGAUAAGGUUGUAGAACUCAUGACAGGCGGAGCUCAAACCCCAGUCACCAAUGCAAAUAAAAUCUUCUAUUUAAAUUUACUGGCUCAAUAUCGGCUGGCCAGUCAAGUGAAAGAGGAGGUGGAACAUUUUCUAAAAGGCCUGAAUGAGUUGGUCCCUGAGAACCUUUUGGCUAUCUUUGAUGAAAAUGAACUUGAGCUGCUGAUGUGUGGGACUGGGGACAUCAGUGUGUCUGACUUCAAAGCCCAUGCAGUGGUUGUUGGCGGCUCAUGGCAUUUCAGAGAAAAGGUCAUGAGGUGGUUUUGGACUGUGGUUUCCAGUUUGACCCAGGAGGAGUUGGCUCGGCUACUUCAAUUCACAACAGGCUCCUCUCAGCUACCCCCUGGAGGCUUUGCUGCCCUUUGCCCCUCAUUCCAGAUUAUUGCUGCUCCCACCCACAGCACGCUACCAACUGCACAUACGUGUUUUAACCAGCUGUGCCUCCCCACGUAUGACUCGUAUGAAGAAGUGCAUAGAAUGCUGCAGCUGGCCAUCAGCGAGGGCUGCGAGGGCUUUGGCAUGCUCUGACCACUCCUGCCAUCCACUUGGGUCCCGUACUCUCCAGAGCAUCGGGGUGCACAUUACAGACGCCAUAACCACUGACCCUAACACACACAUAACCAUCAGCCAGAAGGCGCUGCAUGCUCCCCUGUGUCUGGAGUAUUUGGUCACCUACAAGCCUUGUCCUUCCCUUGUCCCCUUCCUGUCCAUCUUCCUCACUGGCCAUUUUAGCAUGGUAUGUAAUCGGAGCUAUGCGUUCAGUCAUGAGAAGAGAGAGGCCUGUGCCGCUGUAAUUUCACUUGGUUCUCAGAAGAUCUCAGUAGUAGAAGUGGCCAGAGUGGCUGAGGGAGAUUACAUAAAGGAUUCAGCUCUCCUGGAAGGCUGGAUUCUCUCGCCUUCCUCAGCCACCUCUGCUGAUGCUCUCAGAGGUCCCUUCUGUGGCCCUUGCUACUUGACCUGAGGUACAUGAGUCCUUCUCAUGGACAGGUUAAUUGCCUCUUCUCAUUUGGGGCCAGCAGAAGCCCCAGGUAGGAUGGCCCAUGUGGGCAAUCUUUGGUUUUGUCUCUCCACACAACAGGCGCCAGCCAUGGCUCUGGACUACCUCUAACAGGGCCUGGUAGCUCUAGACCAUGUUUCUGUGGUGUCAGAACUGGAAAGGGAGCUUUCCCUGCAAGCAUUUCUGGGAAAUGAUCAUUAGCCCACAAAAAAGAACUGUCUGAGCUUUUUCUUGAGUUUGAGCCAGUGAGAAAAACAGACAGACCUAAGAAUGUGAAAGAUAGCUGGGCUGUAGCCUCCAGUGAGGAAUGUGAUUCUCCUUUAGGGCUAAGGGACCUGUUUAGGCACAUGGCUGGCUCAGAGACUACUGAUGCUUCUCCUGCAUUUGUUCUUUACAGUGAGGUAUGGCUGGGCCUGGCCACUUAACCUCCAGUUUAUGCAGCUGGGAAAUGCUGGGGGUUCGUUCGCUUUUUUUGCUAAAGAAUACUUUUAAUAAGGGACAGUAAGAAUAGCAUACCAUCAAUCCCUGUUUCUCUCUUUGCUUGGUGGUUCCUGGCAGCACUGAGACAAGGGAAAAGGAAUCCGUUGUUUUAGAGGUUAUCACAGGUCCUUGAGGUCAGGACACUGGAACACAGAGAGAGAAGAUAAGCCAACAGUAAAUGCCUAUCUGUUCCGAUUAUCUCCCUUCACUCCAUCACUUGCCAGCAAGGGGAACUAAGGAGGGAGGAAGAUAGAUUCACUGUGGUGUGACGAUUGAAGAGAACCUGCAGCUGCCUCUGGAAAGAUGACAGCGUCCUCUUUCAACAAUUUGGAUGAAAACAUUUUCAAGACUCAAAAUCUCAUCAACUUCCCAAAUUUCUGUUUUCAAGAAGGAUUUGCUACAAGCUACCAUUCCCAUUGGGGCAUUCAACUCUGAGAAUAUUACAAGCCAUCUUUAUUGCCAAAACCAGCAAGUGCAGAGUCCAGAGAUGAGGCAAGACUCAUGGCAAGGCCUUAGCCUCCCAGAAGCAUGUCUGAGCCCUCCUGUUCCCAGGGAUCACAAGGAAUAAGCCCUCCUGAGCUGCUACAUUUCCUGCCUGACCUCACUUCUUCGCAGUUGUCAUUUGUCCUUGGCAUGGGUGCUGACCUCAUUUACCCUUGGGGCCUAGGAUCCAGCAUCGGGCCUAUGCACCCCAGGGUCCUCCAUGCCACAUGGUCACUGCUCUCCUCAGGGACCAGGACAAGGUGCUGCUGCUCACCCCAUUGCUUUCCCAUGGGAUACGUACAGGCGAGUUUGCAGCUGGGGGCAGGUGGACUGCUUCUGCUGUCUUUGGCAGUUGUUCCUUGUGAUUCUGCAUUCUCCCCUCCAGCAGCUCUCCAGAGACUGGUGCUGGAGCAUGAGUUGAUUUUUUUGGCUAGAUCUGUCAUUUUAAGCUCUAGUCGUAGCACUUUGCAGAGCCUCCUGGGCACCACUGCAACCCAGCUGGGGCAUCCUUAGCCCCGGAGUCUUUGUUUAACAAAACCCUUUGGUACUCUUGUGGUUUUCUAUUCUUCCCCAACUUUACUCUCUCCUACUUCUGUUCAAAGGCAUUUUGCUCUUUUUGGCCUUUCUUUUUCCCAACCCCACUCCCCAAUCCUAGCUUGUGUGGGGGUUGAAAGUAUAAUAUUCGAAGAGAAGGAAAAGUGUCUGUUAUUUCUUGGGCAAUUUUUGAAUUCACAUUUCUUAUUUUGGCUGGUUCUUUAAUUUAUGCCCUUGUGGCCCAGGUACUGGGGGUGGGGGUUGGGGUGGGGCAGCUAACCUUCUGACCUUUUAGUGUCUUUGAAGGAGCCGGGCACCAAGUGAACACCACGGAGAGUGUUGGCACGUUUCUAGAACUUCAGCAGAGAUCAAGCCCUGCUGCAAAAUUGUCAGGCCAGGCAAAAGGGCCAGACAGUUGCAGUAAUAGUGUAAAUAUUUUGUACAGUAAAUAAAUCACUGUUUAAAAGGACAAGGAGCAAGUGACUGUUUUGAGUGGUGGUUCAGGGCUUCAAUUGGAGAUGGGGACGGAAAGAAAAAUUUAGAAAUGGCUUUGCUUUUUCCCAGUGAUUCCGUCACAAGCAUUAGCUUGGUGUAGUACAUACACGAGAGCUCUGGCAGGUCCCAAGCCUUGCCCUUUCACCCCUCCCUGACUGCUGUCCAUGGUGCCAGGCACAGAGAGCCAGUUGGUGGGGGGUGUGCUUGUUCUCGGCUCCUAAAGAGGAAACUGGUUUGGCAAGAGUCUUUUUCUCAUCAAUCUUUUGAACAUUAAUUUAUGGUUAUUUUACAACAUAAGAAACUCAGUGCAGAGAAUUUGGAAAUAAAAGUACAGGCCACAUGUCAUCUGGAAUUAACCACUGCUAACACUUUGAUGUAUAUCUGAUUUGCGUAAAAUUGUACAUCUCCCCCACCCCCAGCACACCCCCCACAAAAUGAGUUUGACAGAGAGAGAAAACCAGACUUCUGAUUUGGGCCUAAUAGGAAAAGUAUUAGGGACCCUGGCUUUGCUUUAACUAUACGUUUUUAGAUUAACAGUCCUACUUCUUUAGUACUCUUGUGGCUUUGAAUGGGUCACCAUGAGCACUCAUCAUGUAGUGAUUUCAGUCCAUCAUAAAGUUACUUGUAAGUCUCAAGAGGCUGGUAGGAUGGUUCUUGAAUUAAAACAGAAAAUAAUGGCUUCAGCCUGUUGUGCACUGUUACCUCUAAGCCACUGCGAAGAAUUCUCAGACCUCUCACUCCAGCCACACUUCUCUUAGGCCUACAGUACAGGUCACUCAGCAGUUAGCUUGCUCCAGAGGGCUCCAAACCUCUACUUUGGCUUCACUUAGACCCUCAAGCAUAAUAGAUCAACUUCAGGUACGCCAUAAUACUUUUUUUUUUUUUAAGAUUUAUUUAUUUAUACAAGAACUGGGGUACAGGCCAGAUGUGCAGAGAGUGAGCGGAUUCACCAGAGUACUCCGUAAUGCUUUUAUUUAAAAAUGAAUGUUUCCUUUUUUAUUUCGAGAUGUAACAUCUAUGAGCAUGUACAACUUACUAAAUAGUAAAGGAAGCACAUGUGCUGCCACCAUCCCCAUCAAGAAAUAAACAUUGCAGUGCCGCAAAGCAAAUCUCAUCCCACACUCUAGAGGUAACCAUUACCCUGACUUUUGUGAUAAUCCUUUCACCAAUUCCCUUUCCAAACAGCUUGUCCUAAAUUUAUAGAGAGGCACGGAAAAGGAAUCCAUAUGGUCUCUUGAGCCGCUAUCCAAGAUCAGAGUCUCCUCAGUCAUUAUAGCAGCUCACAGUUAGUAUUCUGAGACCAUUGUUGAUUUGUGAGAAUCUAGUUCAGGUUCUUACUCUUGAAUCCAGUGAAUCAUAUUUAAAGACUAUAAGGUCUCACUGCAAAAUUUUUUCUCCAGACAUGCUAAAUUAGUCACUCCUUUGCUUUCAUUUCUUGAACAGGUUUUGUGGGCAGGGCUAAUGUGGUGGUGAUCCUCAUGGGUGUCUGCAGCAGGUUCUUGAAUAUAUAAAUAUAGUGUUGAACAUGAAUCAGCACCAAAAUAUCUCCAAAAAUGUGGAUUGACUUGUAUUUCUGACUCAGAGAACUGAAUCUGUGCACCAUUUAGCAAGAAGCCGUUCCAAAUUAUUGGAAAGCUUGGUUCUUUUUGUUGGGAGGGCAAAGAGGGUACAUUAGACAUCUGCCAAAGGGAUUCUGGUGAUCUUGAUUUGUAUGUGACAGAGUGGCCUAGGUUUGAAAUGUGACUUCUUGUCAAUACCACCCUCUCCCCCCACCCCCAUUUGGUUUACUUGGAUUUUGCUUAUAUAAGAACACUGGUAGCCGCACAGCAAAGACCUGGUUCUCUGGAGUAGACUGAGGUGUAAUCUAUGUAGAAUGGUCAGGGAAUUCCUGUUAAGGGAAUGUGAAUGUCACAGUCUCUUCACAAUCAGCGGAAUGAAAACUAGGUUUUGGGCAUCAGUGGUAGCUUUAGCAGAGCUUUCCAGGUUGUCUGUAGAGCCCUUGCUUGUUAGUACUAGCCAGCACACCAGUACCAGCUUAAACACAAGUGGUAAUCUCUCUAGGGGCAGGCACACCAGCACAGAACCACAGCAUCCAGUCACCUUGCAAGAAGAAUGUCAGGCUCCCUGCCUAGUUCCCCCUGUAGCUUUCCUUCAGGGAGAUGAUGGAUAAUUUAUCCAGAAUGAGGCCCGUGGAUAUGGUUGCUAUCCAAUUAGGUUACCAUGGCCUUGCAGUCUUUCAUGGCCACGGAAGCCUUAGACCGAGUAUUUCUGCCUUGAUUGGCAGACCAGGCAACUUUCUGAGUGAGCAAGGUCUUAGGACUUUGACUUAGGGAUGACACUAGAAAGAAGUCAACCUUGAUUUACUCAAGUAGCUAGGUGAAGAGAUUAUAUAUAUAUAU